AUGUGCAUUCAGCACAACUAUUUAUUUCCAAAACUUUUUAUCAACUCAAACAGAGAUUCUGUACUUCACCAGGGUGCCACCAUGACUGUUUGCAAUGCCACACAGGGCCACCCUUCUUUCUUCAUUCUCCAAGGCAUUGCUGGAAUGGAGUACAAGCACAGAUGGAUAUCUAUUCCCUUCUCCUCCAUGUAUUUUGUCACUGUGCUCGGGAACUGCACCAUCCUCUUCACUAUCUCCACAGAGCGCUCCCUGCACAAGCCCAUGUUCUUGCUCCUAUGCCUAUUGGCCCUCACAGACCUGGGCAUGUCCACAACCACCAUUCCCAAGGUACUGUGCAUCUUCUGGUUUGGCCAGAGUGAGAUCAGCUAUGAAGGCUGCCUGGUCCAGUUGUUCUUCAUCCACUCCAUCUCUGCCAUGCAGUCGGCAGUCCUGAUGACUAUGGCUUUGGACCGCUAUGUGGCCAUCUGUGAGCCUCUACGCUAUGCCACCAUCCUUUCCAAUAGCCGUAUUGGGCUAAUUGGCCUAGUGAGUUUGCUGAGAGCCAUCCUCUUCAUUCUCCCCAUGCCCAUCCUCCUGCAGAAGAAGCCCUAUCAUGCUAUCCAUGUUAUCCCUACCACCUACUGUGAGCACAUGGCUGUGGUAAAGUUGGUGUGUGUGGACACCACCAUCAACAGGAUAUAUGGUCUGGUGGUGGCCUUGUUGGUUGUUGGGACAGACAUCUCAGCUAUUGCCUCAUCUUAUGUGCUAAUCAUCCGGGCUAUAAUGCGUCUCUCUUCUAAGGAAGCUCACCACAAAGCUGUCAAUACCUGCACCACACAUAUCUGUGUUAUGCUUAUCUCUUACACUCCCUCACUUUUUUCUUUUCUCACCCAUCGCUUUGGCCGAGGGAUCCCACCCCAUGUCCACACCAUUCUUGGCAACCUCUACUUCCUUGUGCCUCCAAUGCUCAAUCCUAUUAUUUAUGGAGUGAAAACCAAAGAGUUUCGGGAAAAGGUAACUAAAUACAGGUGCUGGAGGUAAAAGACUGUAACUCUUGCCCAUGGUCAGAAACUUGUCUGAUACAGCAAUUGUGAGGUUGAGAAAGAAAUGUUAAGUGGAUGCAGGACCUGAGGGAAUUGUCUAUUGAAGGAAGUUUAUCAGAUUGUCAAAUUUGCUGCUGAGAUAUUUAUCCUUGGACAGAGAGGCUAAGACACAGACAACCUUGUUGGUCUCACUAACUCUAAAGCAAGGCAAUUAUUCUCUAUGAAAUGAAAGUAAUGACCCCUGUUCUUCAUACGUGGCAGAGUGGUUGGGUAAAUCAGAUGUGAUAAUGUUUGUCAAAGUAUUUCAAACAAUACACACUGAGUGCAUGUA